AUGCGGUUAUCAGCGGCGGUCUAUAUUCUGCCGGGCGUUACCGCCUCAGAUGGCGUUAUGCUUUUGGCGUAUUUGCCUAUCACAAGACGCGAACCAGUCGUUUAUACAGGGGAGCUUGUCCAAAAGGUACCCAUCCGAUCACAGCUCGGCGCAACAGUGGGGAUGGUGUUGGGCUCGGGAAAGUCGCGGAAUCCAAGAGGAGAUCCCCGACGGAAAGGGAAACUAAAAAGCAUGCGACCGCAUGGCGCGUCCUAG